AUGGCAAGAAUACGCGGUAUAUCUUUUAGUUCUCGAGGUGAGAGUUUUCGAAGAGAAAGUUCUGUGCAGGGCGAAGCUCGGAGAAGACCUACCGCUUCCGCUCGUAGAAGGUGUGCAACUCCUAUUGAGGAUGACCCUAUAGAGAAGGCAUUUGAGGCCCCUGACGAUGAUGAUGAGGAGGAGCAUGCAGAUGUUCCUAACAUACAAGAGGAUGUCAGUGGAUUUACUGGAGGUCCACGUGAUGCUUCAUUGCUGACGCACUAUGAUCGAGGGGAUAUGUUGAAGUUGAUCUCCCACGAAGAAAAAAAGUUAGAAUCGUGCCACGAGGGAAUUCAACACACUGUGUUGAAUACCACUUUGAUGUCUCUCACACAUAUUUCUUACGAUUACGUCAAUAAGGGCUUACUCCUCGGAUUCAUAGAGAGGUGGCUUUUCGAGACUAGUAGUUUCCAUCUCCCUAUAGGGGAGAUGUCAGUUACUCUUGAUGACGUCUCGACAUUACUUCACCUGCUCGUGAUGGGACAAAUGUGGGAUUUGGAGGAGUUGGAGUUUGAGGACGCUCGUACAACCCUUGUGGACCUCCUUGGUGCUGAUGGUGAUAGUGCUCGUGUUAGAUGGAGGAGAUACGCUCGAGGCGUUGCUGCACUGGCCCAUUUAUACGAGCAACUCACGGAUGCGAGUCUGGCUUCCACGAGGAAGAUGACCGGAUAUUUGACUCUGUUACAGAGUUUGAGAUACGAGCAUUUCCUUGGCAUGGGAAGGAGGCAAUUGAUGUCUUCUUACGAUGACAGCACACCGCGCGCCACUAGGUGGCAAAGCCCUAGGAAAAGUUCCACUCUCGCGGAGAUUCGGUCACAGUUGGAUGCCUUGACAUACAGUAGAGUUUUAUGGCAUCCAUAUUAG